AGACGAGCAGAAACAUCGAUUGAAAUUGGAGCAGUUUGCAAGAUUUGAACAAGAAUUACAGCUGAAAGCAGCGUUGCAGAACCAAAACAAUUCACUCACAGAGAACAGAAAGCUGAAUGCUAUGUUAAGAAAUGCCAAUUAUGAGCUUUCUGGGCUCAAAUUGCAGCUAAAAUCAGACCAAGCAACACAGCUGAAAACUGUUUUACAUAAUGAAGACACUUUGAUUGCAACUAACAAAAUGCUGCUUGCCGAGAAUGCCGAGCUUGCUGCGUCCCUGGAAGUUAAGGAGCAUCACCUAUGCAGUGAGAAAACUAAGGCAGAGCAACAAAUUGCACAGCUGAAAGAAAAUCUAAAUGGAGCCGAUCGCGAACUGAAGCGGUGCCAGAAUCAUGUGUAUGCCUUAACUACGAUCAACGAAAUGCUAAUAAUUGGUAAUGAAAAACGCGACGAGAUAAUUUUUGAAUAUAAACGCAAGUUGCAGAAAUACAAGAACUUAAGCAUGUCAUCUGACUCUGAUUCUUUAUCGAGAGACAGUUCUUUUGAACAGGUAGAGCAAAAGGCGAAUAAAUCUCUAGAAGAAAGAACUGGGAACAGUGUGGAAGAUCAGGGCUUGCCCCACAACACCAAUGCAUCGCCUAUUCAUUUGGAAACUUAUGCCGAGUUUCGUCGAAAUUUAUGUAAAGUAGUUGAAAAAUCAACUGAUCAGGAUCUGUGCACGCUAUGUGGCUGGCGCUCGAGCAGCGAGGCAGAGCUUAAACUUCACCUGUUUGAGAAACAUGAAAUGGAAUCGCUGUCAUUGAUGUUGGAUAAGUAUUGUCUGGAUUAG